AACAUGGCACGGCAAGAAAUUUUUUCGAACGUGGGGAAACAAAAUUUCACCCUCCUUCCCACAUUUUUAGAAAGUGGCAUGUCCUACGUUACCUGAACUAGUUAAGCUAGAGCGUGACGUAUAAAAUAAAUAAAGCACGGCAAUCUCGACCCCCUUCAUCGCCGCUUAAAUCACACACACACACACACAAAAAAAAACUCCCUUUUUUCCACUCUUUUAACCGACUCACUCAUGGAAGCUGUGCAAGAUUUUCCCGACGGUUUCUUCUUUAUACGAUGCAAACACCAACCGUUUGCAAUGGACGUUAACAACGGUAGCAUGCUUAACGACGCUACUAUUAUUAUCUGGCCACAAAAAAUGAUUGAUAGUAUUAAUCAGUUGUGGAUGCAUGAAGAGGGAUUUUUGAUUAAUAAAAAAUCAGGACUUGUUCUUGAUAUCCGAGGCGGAACAAUUGAACGUGAAAAGGUUAUUAUUCAAUAUGCGCGUAAACCUGGAUUGGCACACAAUCAACGAUGGUCCUACCGUGAUGGAUAUAUCUCUUCUACUUCUGCUCCUCAUCUAGUUUUAGAUAUUCGUGGUGGCGAUUAUAAGAAUGGCAACACUGUUUUCUUAAAUUCAAAGAAUAUUCAUUCUCAAACACAACAAUGGAUUAUUCAACCCUUCCAAAACGAGAAGUCCAAUGCCGAAUUAGCUCUACUUCGUCCAUCUCCCCUUCAACGUACCUCGGCUUUUCCUCGACAGGAAGAACUGUAUGACUGCUACAGAAUGGUUUAUUUGGAAUCAGGAACCACCGUGACAGUGGAACAAUUGGCGGGUGCGGCAGCAUUCAAGGGAAUGCGAGAUUUCGUUCAACAAAUUAAAAAAGAUGGACCAAUUAUUGCGGAUGAAAAAUCAAGACGGGCAUUAACUGAACAUGUACAAAAUGAGGUUGUACACUUACUUAGCCAAAAGCAAGUGCACGGUGAUUUAAACAUGUUGGUCAAUGCUGCUGUUUCAGUAGCUGAAUCAUAUUUUAGUCGAGAAUACAGUAAUAAUUAAUUAAAUUUAAAUUGCUGCUCUUCUCAAUUCAAUUUCCCAGUCCUCCAUGCCUUCGUAAUUUUCUUCCUUUUCGGUUGCCAUAGCUACCACAGAGGGAGCCUUCUUUUCUACCACGACCGCAGGUUUCUUUAAUUUUUCGUCCUCGUCUUCUUCUUCGCUCGUAUAAUCAAAUGUGCCUGGAACAUCCUCCUCUUCACUUUGAUCAUCAUCCUUGAAAUCAAACAAAACAGUCUCGGUCUUUUUGGAUACCUCAUCAUCCAUAUCGACAACAGCAGGAGGAGGAUUGCUCAGCACUGUUUGCUUGACAAUCGUGACUCUGUAAAAGUAGUUUCU